UUCAUUAUUCUUCCGAUCGGCGGCACCGACGCGCUGCUCUCUUCCACGGCAUCGGAUCCUGCGGCCUUUUCGAAUCAGACAAGUAGAUCGAGCGCGACUGCGCCUUCUCAGAUCAACAAAUCGACGAGCGACAACUCCGAUUUGUAUCCUCCAGUUAUUAUUAUUUUUUUUAGAGGAUCAUGGUCAUGGGACUCGGGGCACUGCUAGAAGGUCUUUUGCUCCUUGCAAAUGCAUUGGCAAUUCUGAACGAGGACAGGUUCCUCGCGCCUAGAGGAUGGAGUUUCAACGAUGUUUCAGGAAAUGCGAGGGCCAAGUCAUUGAAGGGGCAGCUGAUAGGGCUGAUCUACGCGACCCAGUACCUGCGGCUUCCACUGAUAAUGCUCAAUGCUCUCAUCAUCCUGGUGAAACUGGUUUCUGGUUGAACACGUAAACCCAAUCACCUCAUCGAAUUGUGUCCAUCAUUCUUCUUAUAACUGCAGUUACAUGAUAUUCUCUGCUGCUCCUGAUAUUGUUUUUGGCUCUGAGUUGACUUUAUCGGUGCCAUACAAUCGAUCAAGUUUUGGCCCGAUAUACUAAGAAGAUUGUAGUUUUAUUUCAUCGUUUUUUCCCCCCAA